CUCCCCUCGCUAUCUCCGCCGUUUCUUCUAUUUUUUGACUCCGUUAUCUCGCUCUCUUCUCAGUUCUCACUCCUCCCAAUCGCCGUUAGCUAACCGGAGAAACAUGUCGCAAUCUCUCAAUUUCUUCGUUUCCUCCUCGUCGCGUUCGGCCGCCACUUUACCGGUUUCCAAGCCCUCGCUCUCGUUCUCCUCCGCCGCCGCCGCUUUACGGUUGCCGGCGGCCAAGAUAUCCGGACGGGGCUCCAUCGCUAGGGCUUCGACGUCGGAUCUCGAUUCGUCUUCUUCCUCGGUGCUGGUCUCGCACAACGGCGCCGGCGCCGGGGUCGUGUCGGCCGCCACGCGGGAGCACGGCUUUGGCGACGCGCUCGCGGCUGCGAUUGAGGUGGACGCGGUGACGGAGGCGGAGCUCAAGGAGAAUGGCUUCCGGAGCACCAGGAGGACCAAGCUCGUGUGCACCAUUGGUCCCGCCACGUGCGGCUUCGAGCAGCUGGAGGCGCUGGCCGUCGCCGGGAUGAAUGUGGCUCGAAUCAACAUGUGCCACGGCACGCGGGAGUGGCACAGGAUGGUCAUCGAGCGGGUCCGGCGGUUGAACGAGGAGAAGGGGUUUGCAGUCGCCAUUAUGAUGGAUACUGAGGGCAGCGAGAUCCACAUGGGUGAUCUUGGAGGCGCUUCUUCUGCCAAAGCUGAGGAUGGGGAAAUUUGGACCUUCAGUGUUCGAGCAUUUGAAUCAACUCAACCUGAGCGGACCAUUAACGUUAACUAUGAUGGCUUUGCUGAAGAUGUGAAAGUGGGGGAUGAUCUACUAGUAGAUGGUGGAAUGGUGAGGUUUGAGGUGAUUGAGAAAAUUGGUCCAGAUGUUAAGUGUCUCUGCACAGAUCCUGGGCUCUUAUUGCCGCGGGCUAAUUUGACAUUUUGGCGCGAUGGGAAAUUAGUAAGAGAGCGAAAUGCUAUGCUUCCUACUGUUUCCUCGAAGGAUUGGCUAGACAUCGACUUUGGGAUUACAGAAGGCGUAGAAUUUAUUGCAGUAUCAUUUGUCAAGUCUGCUGAAGUCAUUAACCAUCUUAAAAGUUACAUCAAAGCACGAGCUCGUGAUAGUGAUAUUGCGGUAAUUGCAAAGAUAGAGAGUAUUGACUCAUUGAAGAAUUUGGAAGAAAUUAUUCAAGUGUCAGAUGGAGCUAUGGUGGCAAGAGGAGAUCUUGGUGCUCAGAUCCCAUUGGAACAGGUUCCAUCGGAGCAGGAAAAGAUUGUUCAGCUUUGUAGACAGCUGAAUAAACCUGUUAUAGUUGCUUCGCAGUUACUUGAGUCUAUGAUCGAAUAUCCUAUUCCUACUAGAGCUGAAGUGGCUGAUGUUUCUGAAGCAGUAAGGCAAAGGGCAGAUGCUUUGAUGCUAUCAGGAGAGUCGGCCAUGGGGCAGUACCCUGAUAAGGCGUUGACUGUGUUAAGAACUGUUAGUUUGAGAAUUGAGAGGCAGUGGAGAGAACAGAAGCAACAUGAAGCUAUGGAAUUGCCGUCUAUUGCUUCUUCAUUUGGAGAUAGCAUAUCAGAAGAAAUUUGCAAUUCUGCUGCCAAGAUGGCUAAUAAUUUGGGGGUUGAUGCUCUUUUUGUCUACACCAAGGAUGGUCACAUGGCUUCUCUCCUAUCACGCUGCCGACCUGAUUGCCCCAUUUUCGCAUUUACAACCACGACCUCUGUGCGUAGACGCCUGAACCUGCAAUGGGGUCUAAUCCCUUUCCGCUUGAGUUUCUCUGAUGACAUGGAAAGCAACCUCAACAAAACCUUUUCCCUGCUAAAGGCUCGGGGCAUGAUCAAAUCAGGUGACCUGGUCGUUGCUGUUUCUGACAUGUUGCAAUCUAUCCAGGUUAUGAAUGUUCCAUGAGAACACAACAAAUUCUGGCACAAACUAUUAGUUUUACAACCCCCAUCAGUCUACUGCUCUUCAGACAGUGAAUCUUGCUUGCAUAGGCCAAGUUAGCAGUCAAAGACUAAUAUGUUGUUCCAAAUGUACCAGAUGAGUAAUGUGGUAAUUUAUUGACCGGAUUGCAUAUUUUUCUUUAGAAAUUCUAGUGAGGAUUAUGAGGGUAUAUUUGCUUCUUUAAGCUCUUAAACUUUCUUGUAUAUCUUCAAAGAUUCAUCAAUUUGGAUUAGUGUGCAAUAGUACAGUAGCUCUCUUAAAUGUUGUCAGGUAGCACAUAAUUUUCCAUUUGAUUGACCCUUGACAUAAA